GUGAUUGGCCGCUGUGUGCAGCCCUCAGCCUCCUUGAAUGAGAGACGGGGGUAACCAGGCAACUUCAGAGCUGGAGAAGAGGGGAGACACACGCAAAAAAAAAAAAAAGGUCGCGUUUACGGGAUCUUAGAAUUUUGAGGACGUAAAGAGCGAGGCGAUUUGAUUUCACCUUGGAAAAAUGGAAUUAACAAAUGGAUUUUCUUAAACAAGCUCUCUCCCUCCCUCUCUCUCUCUCCCUCUCUCUCUCCCCCCGUAUCUCUCGCUCAUUGGGGGGCGAAUAGAGCGCUCAAAUGAAGGGGACACAGAUGUGGAUUAAAACGGGAUAAAUGGGACACUCCAGAGGAAAAACAUCCACUGAGAUCAGCGCUCGGAGCAAGUGACUGUGAUGGGCUGUCGGACUGCAUCUGAAGUGCUCUACCAAAGAAUAAUAUCUACUCCUGACCUACUCUGAAGAACAAUAUCUGAUUCAAUCAAUGUUGCAGCCUCCCCUAAGGGGAAUUACUCCUGAGUAAUAGGUGGACCCUCAGAAAAGAGCAACAUUGGAUAAUGUGAUACUUGACCUUCAAGGAGAGAACUCAGGUACACUCCACAAGAUGUCAAAUCUGAUCUGAGGCUGCUCUCGAGAGGGUCGCGCCACUCAAAAUCCAACCUUUUUUUCACGUGUUCUCAAGCUAUACUCAAACACCAUGUCCCAGUAGUGACAAAGUGUAGUCAUCAAUGCUGGAUCUUCAUUUAUCAAGGAGUACCAGACAUCUCGUCAUGGAUUUGAAUGAGAUUUUUCCCCCAAAAGAGCGGCAGUGAGAGAGACUGGCGUGUGAGGGGAAUCGGACGCUGGGCGUCGGGAGGAUUAGCUAGUGUGCUGCUAACCCAUGGUGGAUCUGCUGUGAGCGGGACGAGGGAACCCAGCAGUGGAGGAUGUCAGCGGAGGCCGAGCUCCAGCCGGGUGUCAAAACCAGCCAGCGAAAGGAGUCCAGGAGAAUCAAAGGUCAGGACCGCAGUGAGGCGGGGCUUAUUAAGCGUUUCCGCGGGGAUGGUGUGCGAUACAAGGCCAAGCUGAUCGGGAUUGAUGAGGUGACAGCGGCGCGCGGGGACAAGCUGUGCCAGGACUCCAUGAUGAAGCUGAAGGGAAUGGCUUCCUCGGCACGUUCCAAAGGGGAGCACAAGCAGAGGGUGUUCUUGACGGUCUCUUUCGGCGGGAUCAAGAUUUACUGUGAAAGAUCAGGGGUGCUCAUGCAUCACCACUCUGUCCACGAGAUCAGCUACAUCGCAAAGGACACCAGGGACAACCGGGCCUUUGGCUACGUCUGCGGGAAGGAGGGCCACCAUAAGUUUGUGGCCAUCAAGAACGCACAGUCGGCGGAGCCUCUUAUUAUUGACCUGCGCGACCUCUUCACGCUCAUAUACGACAUUAAACAGCGCGAGGAGAUGGAGAAGAAGGCCCAGAAGGACAAACAGUGCGAGCAGGCUGUCUACCAGACCAUCCUGGAGGACGAAGUGGAUGAUCCAGUUUACCAGUACAUAGUGUUUGAGGCUGGACACGAACCCCUCCGUGGCCCCCAUUCAGAGGAGAGCGUGUAUCAGGUCCCAACCAGUCAGCAGAAGGAAGGGAUCUAUGAUGUCCCAAAACGCCAUUUCAUGACUAACAUCAACCACUUUGAUCUUUUCGGCGACAUGUCCACUCCUCCCUCGAUGCCCCCAUCCCCCGCCAACACACUGGACCCUAGCAGGAGCAGCCGACAGCAGCAACACGCCGCUGAGUUGUACGCCCCCUUCAGCCCCACCUCCAUGCCGUCAGGCUACAUGACCAUGGGUCCGGUGCAAGCCGCCCAGUGGGCGCAGCAGCCGUUUCCUGCCCAGGCCCAGACUCUGGCCUUCCCCGUGCAGGGGCCCCUCCAGGUCGCUCAGGUCCUCCCCGGUGGUCAGCCAGUCAUCUGGAGCCAGGCCAACAUUUUCCCCGCCACUCAGCAGCAGUGGGCGGCCAUGGCGGCCUACAUGCCUGCCCAGGCCGUGGGCGUGGGAGGGCACGCCAUCCCAGCUGCCGUGCUCCAGGGCCUGGUACCCAUUACCACCAUGUGCCCCCAAGCCUGCGACAUAUCGGCCCCCUCCUCCGCCAUCACCAGCCCGCAGCACGCGGCCGACGCGGCCCUUCUCGAGAGGCAGCUGAGCCUGGGGGGAGAAGGCCUCGGCCUCGACUCGGACGCCGGCGAGGGACCCUCUACGUCAGGAGCCGGAGCAGCAGGUGCGGGGUGCGGCGUCGCGUCCGCAGGGGUGAGCAGGUGCGGGACCCCAGGCCUCAUGAGCGUACCGGACACACUGGUCUGCAGUCAGCUGCUGCCACCUUCGGCUGCUGCGAGCCAGGAAGAGGAAGAAAGCUGCAGCGACCUCGAUCUCUCUAGGAUGACCUUGAGCCCGGGGACAUCCACAUCCCCGUCGACUGAAUCACCAGCAUCCACUCCAGCCCCUCAGCAGAGCUCGUCCUCAGACUGCCCCCCUUCCCAGGCCAGUGACGCCCCCACAGAUCACUCCCCCGUAGACCCCGAGGACAACUGCAGCAACGCCAAGGAGGAACAAUCGGGCUCUGGUGUUGCAAGGUCAAUCUCUCCGGCGCCGAGUGGAGAUCCUGAGUCUUCGCAGGAUCAGACCUGUCCACAGGAAGACAGCUAGAGAACCACGAGAACCCAGUGGCGAUGCUACUUGGGAAAGAGCCCUGGUUUGGUUCAGUGUUACUAUCAAUUUGCCUUUUCUCUACUAAACCAGCGAAAGCAAAGAGAAGGCACAAAGCUGCCACCUGCUGGUUGGAUUUGUAACUGCAGCAAUGCAGCUUCCCUUCUGUACUCAACUGGCUUUGUCUUUUAGGGAAUGGAAGCUCUGCAAGGCCAAGACAGAAGCUCACGAGAAAGAGACAAAGAGAGGGAUGAUUGACUGUGAACAGCAGCAUCUCUCACAGCUGGAUUACACAGAUUUGUUCAGUUUAUUUCAAACUUUAAAGGAUAUUUUGGCAGUUCUGUAAUAAGCUGUCUGUCCUGGGAUCUGCUCUCCUGCAGUGGCCACAUAUUCUACUCUACUCCUCAGCAUGACAACCACACUUUGGCUUCAUCGUCCAAUGAAAUGACCUUUCAGCCAGGAAGUGACCUUUGAUCUUUGACCGAAAAACCUACAGCGAGAGGCGACUGCAGCCUCCUGCAACGGAUUAAAGAGUUCAUACCUGUGAGGAUACAAAACACUAACGUGGUGACACUGAUGAUGCUAAAUUCUAAAUAUUUUUGGAACCUUCUACGAGGAGCAGCGUGCAACUGUAUGUGGUCGGCCUUUGUCGCGCGCCACCAGCGGAGACUGCGCACAGCAGACAGGUUUGCUAAAUGUUCUCAAAGUGUUGCUGCAGCGACUCGUCCACUUGCAUGAACAGACUUAACGUGGACUCAGCGGACUCUCUGCAGCUUCCUUCUACAACUGGAACGGAUUAAAAAAACAAAACAAAAAAAAAAAAACAGGUUUUGAUUUCUCUUUUCUUAUUUUAUAAGCUGUGAAUUCUUAGUCGAUGACGUCGAGUCGUCAGAGGUAUCGAAAUGACUUUAAGGCAUCAAAGAGGAAACUUUGCCAAACAUCUAUUUUGUAAAUAAGAAUCUGCCCAGUCCCCCGAUACCUGAGCCUCUGUGCCAUAAGAUAGCUCUCUGCCUCUUGGAUGCCAACUGCCUGUGUUUCUCUCAAGCAAUGCCCUACCAGCACCUCCAUUUUUGACGUCUGGAUGUUUGUUUUGCUUCUGCAGCCGUUUCUUUUGGGAUUCGCAAACACAUCCUUGUUUCUGUUCGGUUGUUGAGAUUUGAACUGUGAAUCUGUGUUACAUGGUCAUUCAAAAUAAAGCCCGCUGUACCUGUCUCACUCACAUUUCCAGCUCGAAAGAAAGGAAGGGUUUGAAAGGGAGUUUCAGGUUUUUCUAUUUAGUUGAUAGGAGGCACACUUUACUGCAUCUUUUUGUUUUUUAGAUAUUCUACAUUUCCAGCUGAGGUCGCAUUGUUUACAAUUUGCCUCUUUGAAUCAUAUCUAUGUUUUGUUUCUUCGAUAAUAUAAGCAAAGUAAGUCCACACUGACUUAAUAACCUUGAGCUUGAAGACAGUAGAAAGCAUUUCUAUGCCUUAUCAGGUUUGUUUUUGUUGUCCAGUCACUGUUCUUGUCGGGUCAUUUGUAUACAGUAAACAGGUCAUCGUUGUAACUAAGCACUUGGGCAUAUUGUAGGUCUGCUCCACUGAAUCAAAAUGGUCAAAAGGAAAGGCAACUUUAUAUAAUAUGAACAAUAGAGAUAUCAAUAUAAUCUGCUAGUCUUACAAUAACAAAUGGUAACUGUUCCCUGCUUGUGUAAGAAAAAUGAGAAAUAGUCCAAAAUAUUUUGUAAAUUUUAUUUAUGGAAUUAAGAGUUGUCAUGAAAAAAAAGGACUUUUGUACGUCUAUGACUUCCCCAUACACUGUACCCAUGCCACUGUUCAGUCACAAAUAAAAUAUCAUGUGAUUCCCA